GCAGGGCGGAUUAGGGUUUCUAGCUCCUCAUCGUUUCAGGAUCCCGUUGCUCUUAUCAUCCUGCAGUCAUGGCGGACGUGGAAGUAGAUGUUGCCUCAGGGCAGCCGAAGAGGAGAACGUUCAAAAAGUUCAGUUUCAGAGGCGUCGACUUAGAUGCGCUGCUUGACAUGUCUACCGACGAGCUUGUUAAGCUCUUCACAGCCCGGGCUCGCCGAAGGUUCCAACGAGGUCUAAAGCGAAAGCCCAUGGCUCUGAUCAAGAAACUCCGCAAGGCGAAGCGAGAGGCCCCACCUGGUGAGAAGCCAGAGCCAGUUAGAACUCAUCUUCGUAACAUGAUCAUAGUACCUGAGAUGAUUGGAAGCAUCAUUGGGGUUUACAAUGGCAAGACCUUCAACCAGGUUGAAAUCAAGCCAGAGAUGAUUGGGCAUUACUUGGCCGAGUUCUCGAUCUCUUACAAGCCAGUCAAGCAUGGAAGACCUGGUAUUGGUGCUACCCACUCGUCAAGGUUCAUUCCUCUCAAGUGAGAUUUUCACCAGCACCCUGGACAACUGGACAUUCGACUGAAUUUUCUCCAAGAUUGGUCUGGUCCAAGUUCCUUUUUUUCCCCUUUUUUGAAUUUUGACUACUCUUUUUAGAGUUGUUUCAUUCCUCUAUUAGCUGGAUUCAAAGUCGGAGCUUUUUUUAUUCCUAACUUCUUGGGGUAGACAAUUGGAGCUUGCAGCAGCUUCAGUCUAGUUGAAGAGAGCUUAAGAGAUCAUUUUCCUUUACUGAACUAUUUGUUAUUGGUUCAAUAGGUAAAAUAUGAAAAUUAAUAUAUUUGCAUUUC